GUCGGUCGCAGCGCUACCUUUACGGACCCAAACAUGUGUCCUGGACAUCGCCUCGAUGAGUGUGCGAUCUAAUCAAUCCGUGUCGUCCGCUCGCUCAGGAAGUGACUUUAGUCUAGAGUCUUUUAACCUCGAACCCGGAGCUAAUGAACGCCAAAAGCGGGGCUUUCUGUCCGGUCUGUGGAGAGCGGUAGGUCGAGCCACAGAGGCCGCUAGUACCCUACCGUUCAACGCACAGACGGGCGGAUCAAGCGAUGAACCGAGUCCAACAUCACCUCUACCUGGAUCUAUCUACGCAACAAGCUCAGCAGUUCCUGUGCCAGGGAAAGGGGAUCACGGCGCCGACCAUGCCUCCUCAAGCUACUUGGCUGAUGCUGACAAAGUCUCUGUUGCCGGCUCGGUAGAGUCUAUGGAUAGUGAGGUUUCGGAGACUGCUAGUCAGAUAUCGUUCCAAGUUGCGGAUAAAUCAGCAAAUGGAGGCACGGGAAAUGCUGAAGAGGUAGAGAAGAAUAAAUCCUCACUGAAACUUAUACGCCGUAUGCGUAAUAUCGGUUCAAGCGGGAUUACCAAGGACUAUUGGAUGAGAGAUGAUAAGGUCAAGGAAUGCUACGAGUGUAAACAGCCAUUUACGACCUUCCGCCGGAAACAUCAUUGCCGAAUAUGUGGUCAAAUUUUCUGCCACAGAUGUGCAUCGUCGAUUGUUCCUGGAGAGCGCUUUGGUUAUCCCGGAGAAAUGCGUGUGUGCAAUUUCUGCAUGAAGAUCAUGCAAGAUUACAGACAUGACGAUCCAACUACACCGAAUGACCACCCGAGCUCAGCUCCCGCGAAUUUGCCACUACCCGUAUCACGAAGACGCUCGUUAGCUCAGCAUGCCCAACCCGAGAACAAACCUCCAGCUCCAAGUGGCAGCGGGUCCACUCCGUUAGCUGGCUUACAUCUUCCUGCAAAAGGGUGGGCUCUUUCAGCGUCACCAGAUGCAUCAUUGGAAGGGUUCAAGAAAAUGCUUGGAUCAUCUAUAUUUCAGAAUCGCCGCACUACCACGUCUGAGGAAUUAACACCAACUCUGCCAAAGCCCGUUGAGCCUUUUCGUGGCGCUCCUGAUGAAGCGAAGAAUGCUGUUGCGCAUCCAAAUGCCGACAAUUUCUUGGAUCCUGAGAUCGCCGCAUAUAUGACGGAUGAGGACAGUGAAAAUGGAACCCCCGGUGAUUGGGCUACCAGUCCGUUUCUCAAUUUUCCCUCAACCAUCGCAGGUGCUAUGGCAAUCAGCAUUCCAAGUACCAGAGUCACUGGAACAGAAUCAUUGCAAGCAGCCCAAGAUAGUGAUACAUGGGAUUACGGUGAUGUGAAAGAGCGUAAGAGGAGGACACAGCGACGCAUAUCCCGCAAUGACGAGCUGCGCAUAGAGUUUACAAAAGAUAAAUUGAAGCGGCGAAGCAUUUCUAGUGGGCAUCCAAGACCCACCAGGUUUUCGGCUCGAGCAAUCAGUCGUCAGCUCAGUAAAUCCACGCUUGUAACGCCGUCAGAUGGGACCAUUCAGCCAUUAGAGGACGCAGCAGCACAUAAUGGUCGCGUAUCUCGGCACCGUCGCACCGCAUCUUGCCCUCCUAAUGUGGAGCUAAACGCAGCGUCUCUUCAGCACAUGCGAAAACUCCUGGAUCAAGUUCUUUUGGAAUCAGAGAUUCCAUUGAGUAGCGGAUGGGAAGAUGUCUUAAUGAAGAUCAUGCUUAAAGUGUGUGACAACAUUCAACCAGAAGUUCGCGCGGGCGAUUUCAUUGACAUACGUCAUUAUGUCAAGAUUAAAAAGAUUCCUGGUGGGGUCCCGUCUGACAGUGAAUACGUUUGCGGGGUUGUUUGCACGAAGAACGUGGCACAUAAAAAGAUGUUGAGGACAAUCUUCCGCCCAAAGAUUCUGCUGCUCACUUUCGCUCUGGAAUAUCAGCGGGUCGAGAACCAAUUUCUCUCUCUCGAGCCUCUCCUAUCACAGGAACGGGAACACUUGAAGAAUCUGGUGGCGCGUGUGGUCGCUUUGAAACCGGACGUUGUGCUAGUGGAAAAGACUAUUUCACGACUCGCAUUGGAGUUCUUAUUAGAAGCUAAUGUGGUGGUCGCCUACAACGUAAAACCGUCUGUGAUAGAAGCGAUUGCCCGUUGCACGAAGGCCGAUAUUAUCUCGUCAAUGGAUAAGCUUGCGCUCGAGCCUCGAUUGGGUACCUGCGAUACCUUCAGCACCAAAACUUUCAUGAACGACCAGAUGCCAGGGUAUCGAAAGACAUACAUGUACUUUUCUGGGUGUCCUAAGGAGCUCGGAUGCACAAUUGUGCUGCGUGGUGGCAACAUGGAAACCUUAGGCAAGAUCAAGCAGAUCGCAGACUUGAUGGCAUUCGUGGUGUAUAACCUCAAGCUUGAGACAUUCCUCUUUCGCGAUCAGUUUGCAAUGGAACCAGUGGCUGAACCUGAAAGCCUUCAGGGUCCCUCGAAUGCCACGGGUGCGGAUGAAUCAGAUACAAUUGGUUGCAAACCAUCCCCUUCAAAGACUACAGAAAUCACACCUUUUAGCAGAGCGAUCAAGCCAUAUGAGGAGACCAUUCUCUCCGCUUCACCGCAUGUCAAGUUUCCACUACCGUACCUGCUCACUCGCUUAAAAGAGGAGGAGCAGCACAUAGCUCAUCUCCAGAAGAAGUAUGUCGCUGAAAAGAACAAACAGAAUGGCGGGAAGGGAUCGGAAAUAGGUUCCAAUGGCGAAACGAUCGAUGUCGAUGAGCGAGAGUACAUUCUGGGGAUUCUCGACCAGUCGAGUGGCUGGCUGUCGUCCAUUGAGACUAGAGCCGGCAUCAACAAUCUUCUUGAGAAUGCUAGUAGCUUGAGUCCAUUUGGUCAUCAAAGUAUCAUGGUGCUGUACUCCAACGUUUGUGCAGCUACCACUAUCCCCUGUCAAGCUCCGGAGCAGCAUUUAAUAGAAUACUACCGUGGAACGGACAUGACGCUCGGUCAGUACUUGGAGGAGCUGUGCUGCAAUUCAGACUAUCUAUGUCCGGCGAAGAUGUGCGAUCGAAAGAUGUUGAUGCAUUUCCGCAGUUAUGCGCACGGCCAAGGACGAGUCAACGUGGUAAUAGAAGAAUUUGCAUCCCCUGUGCAAGGGAUGGAGGAUACGAUACUCAUGUGGAGCUUUUGCAAAAUAUGCAACCAAGUAACUCCUGUGGUGCCAAUGUCGGAGGAAACGUGGAAGUACUCGUUUGGAAAGUACCUUGAACUAUCGUACUAUCAUACUCGACUGAGCUGUCGUGCUGACAUGUGCCCACACGAUAUUUUCCGCGAUCACAUCCGGUAUUUCGCCUUGAAGAACCUGGCGGUCCGCUUUGAAUACGAGAUGAUUGAGCUCCUGGAAGUUGUGGUACCGCCGAAACACCUUCGUUUCAUCGCCGAGAUCAGUUCCAAGUUGAUGCAGCAAGAUUAUGAGACUCUCAAACAGCAACUAGUUCGCUACUUUGAUUCCGUGUCGGAGCGGAUAAAAAGCUUUACAUUCGAUAUCGUUCCGCCUGGAAAGAUUCAGGCUUCAAAGGAAGCGAUGAGCGAAAUGGGCAAACGAGCGGUGUCUGAGAAAAAGUACAUGCUCCAGCUCCUUCAGCAAACUCUUAUUAGCAGUUCUCCAACCGAUAUACUUGCCCUAAACGGCGUAUUGCGUGUCCUCCAAGAUAAAGUCACCCAGUGGGACGCAGACUUCACUGCCUUCGCAAGGCGGUUUCUGCAGGCUGAUACGAAAGAGAUUCGCAGAGUGACUGCAGCCCAACUUAAGCGCAUGUUUGCGGACAAGGAACUCCCGCCCCGCCCCGGACUGAGCCUUCCAGAGGAUACUGCUCCGUUGGAAAUCGAGAUGGGCGUGAAUCCAUCUGGGGUUGAGUCGUCGCUACCUUUGUUAGGCCGAUCGCCGACCUCCGCCACCUCUCAAAUCUUCGCAAAGUCGAUGGCAACGCGAGCCAACGAACAACCCAUGGUGUCGUCACAGGCACGGACGAAUCGUCGCAUGUCGAUCAAGCUGAUGAAAGAGUCCAAGGCAAGACAAAGAUCCCAAUCAGAGGGCGUCUCGCUUCUGACGCCGGUUGUAACGGCCCCGGCGGGGGAGGAAGGUGAUUGGGACCUCGCCCAAGUCUUCGUUUCGGAGGAGGGGUACGACGGUCCUGGCAUUUUGGACAGUCCUGUAAUGACAGAGUUUCCUGAUAACACUUGCGGAGGUCUCGAAGGAUUAUCUAUUUGCAGCUCGGCAUCCGCCAAUGGGAAUGACCUGGCUCUUCCAGGCCAACUUCGGGACGCAGGUCCGUCUGACGAGAACGUUCUGACGAACGUCAACCAGCUUCGCGCCGAACCGAUUACCGAUAUGCUUGGAGAUGAGCAAACAAUGGCCCUCUCUAAAAAGGCGCCGUCAAUCUCCUCUUACGGAACGGGGACGGGCAUAAAUGAUGAUGACGACGAUAUGCCAGUAGAGUGGAAUAUAAUCAGCGGGGUUGCUGGAGAGAUGCUGGAAAGGGAGGUACCCCCACCCGCCGUGAAUCGUGAUAUACGGGAGCUGCAAGCUCUGGUUGGUGAAAGAACCUCAAUCAUGAAGACAAUUACUAGCCUAUGGACCGGAAACGCAGCCAAUUUUCUACCUUUGGAGUGUCCCCUGGCACCCACGGACCAUAUCUUUCCAGACUCCAAUGUCGUAGUUCGAGAGGAUGAACCAAGCUCAAUCAUUGCAUUCACACUAGACUCCAAGCACUACAAAGAAAAGCUGCGUUGCAUGCGACAGGGCGUGGAUACUCAGGAGAAACCGAAUGCGUCGGAAGACCCACAUACCAGAGUUUUUGUCGAGUUUGAUGAUCAGUACGCGGAUACGGGUGGAAUGGAAGAAACUCUUUUGCGUGGUACAGGAACCCACAUUCGAUAUCAAUUCUGGGAUGGACCAACGCGCAUGAACUGCAAAAUUUUCUUUGCUGAACAAUUCGAAGCACUGCGACAAAAUUGUGGUAUUGAUGAAAAUUAUGUCCAGUCGCUCGCUAGAUGUAUGAGAUGGGAUGCUCUAGGAGGUAAAUCCGGUUCCACUUUCCUGAAAACAAGAGAUGACCGCUUGAUCAUCAAACAACUUUCACGCCUUGAGAUGGAUGCAUUGUAUAAAUUUGCACCCGCCUACUUUGAAUACAUGUCCCAAGCGAUUUUCCAUGAGUUGCCCACGGUUUUGGCCAAAAUAUUUGGCUUCUAUCGUAUAUCGUACAAAAAUCCAACUACCGGUCGCUCGAUGCGCUUUGACUGCUUCGUUAUGGAGAACUUGUUCUAUGAAAGAACCAUUUCGCGGAUAUUUGAUUUGAAGGGAUCGAUGCGCAACAGACAUGUGCAAUCAACUGGUCGUCAGAAUGAGGUCCUUCUCGAUGAGAAUCUGGUGGAAUUCAUCUACGAAUCACCCCUUUUCAUUCGCGAACACUCAAAGAAGCUACUUCGCGCGUCGGUGUGGAAUGAUACCCUCUUCCUCUCGAAAUUGAAUGUCAUGGAUUACUCCUUGCUGGUUGGAAUUGACGUCGAACGGAGCGAAUUAGUAGUUGGCAUUGUUGAUUAUAUCCGGACGUUCACAUGGGACAAAAAAUUGGAAAGUUGGGUUAAGGAAACCGCUUUCCUGGGGGGCGGGGGCAAAGAACCAACCAUCGUGUCGCCUCGGCAAUAUAAAAACAGAUUCCGUGAAGCCAUGGAACGGUACUUUCUCAUGGUACCCGACAAGUACAUCAGCACAUUGAAUGUUCCUCAUCAGCCUUAAAUUGUACAUAGACUGUAUAUUAUAGCAUAUUUUGAGUAUAGAGUAUUUAGUACCUUAUGGGAUUGUGUCAGAAAGUAUACAGCAUCAUGAAAAGCCAUGCGGCCACAUUGGUGCGAUAUGCGAAUGAAAAAGCCAUACAAACUCAC